AUGACGUCGUCUUCCUUCUCAUCCUCCAGUAACGUAUUUACGCCGAAGGCAUGCAGUACUUGCAAAACGGGAUAUAUGUCCCUAAUAGAAGUUAGAGCUAUGGGUUUGAUUAAUCGACGACGCUAUUGGUACGUUGUGGACGAUUCUUCACCUUACUUAUAUUGGUAUAAGGAUACGGACUCACUCAAAUGUGUGGGGCGAGUGGCACUGGUUUGCAUGGCUCUCACCUAUGAUCCACGUGAAACUGGACGAUUUCAUAUAUUAUCUGGAAACGAUGUCUACCUUUUGGAAUGCUCGUCAAAUCGGCUUCGAGAUGAAUGGAUGCAAGUGUUGCAGGCAGCUCGUCUACGUAGUGUUCGAGCGGUGAAGGAAGAUGAGAUUGCGCACGACAUCAUCUCAAUGUCGUCCGAAACACCCCCUCUGCCGAUUGUUCCAUCCCCAACGGAGUCUGCUCAGAAUCUCAUUGACGACUUACUGGGACCCGUCAGCGACGGGGCGUCAACGUCCACAGAUGAUGGGCGACUGAGAGUGGAUAGUUUGUUGAACGAACUCGAUAUUGACGGGACCGAAUCCGACGAGGAUGCUAACUAUGUAACACCAAGCUCAACGUUCUACCUAACCACGAACGGUGAACUUAAUGAACACAGCAUGUCUAUGCCUAAGGCUAUUGUAUCUCCCGAAGCUGUUGUGGAGCGCAUAUUGGAGAAGACCAAUGAACAUCUGGAAGCUCCCAAAAGAGCGUUCCAAAUGGCACGACGGAGUUUGCGAAUAAAAAAGGAAUGCGAAGUUUGUAAACAGGAAACCGAAGCAAUGAUAGCGAGAUGUGUUGAACUGGAAGAUAUGAAUGCCGCGUUAAGAGAAGCUGUAGAGAAGCUCCAACGAGGAUUAUUAGUAGCGAGAAAUCAGAAUGACAUUUUGGAAAGAAUACAGUCGCUAGUUUGUGACGAUGACGUCAGGGCCUUACUUUUGGCUAAGGAAACAGAGAUCACGGAUCUUCAACUCUCGAAUAAUCAGAGAUGUCGCCAAAUAAGGGAUUUGCAAGCGGAGAUUAGCGCACAAGAUGCGCAAAUAAUUGAACUCAACGAAUCGGUCGAGGUCCUUCGUGAUAAUCUCAGGAAGAAGGAGGAAAUGUUGAUGAAGAUGUGUGAAGAGAACGGAAGUGGAGGAUCCGCCUCGGAACGCUCUAUACCAAAUGCACUUGCAGUUGAAGAGGGUAUGGAACUGGAGUCGCAGUCGGUGCAAAGAUGUGAGGAGGCGGAGCGAGCAGUGUUUGAGGAGCAGAAUGUCCGAGAUGUCAAUGAACUACGAGACCUAGUCGAGGGUUACAGAGCGCAGAAUGAGUUUCUAAACAAAGAAAUUGUCUUACUACACAAAAUGGUACGAUCGUUGGAGGAAAGAGAACGCGGAUGGCAACGACAGUUUGCCGAAGUGGAAGGUUGCUACUACCAGAUGAAAAGUCGAUACCUUAUGGUGCUGAAUCACUUCAAAUCGCCAGAAAAACCAAGCAUAAUGAUGGAACCAGGAAUGCUGCAGCAAUUGAUGGCCGAAGUUUGCAGAACAUCUCGAGAUUCACUUGAUAAAACCGACGCACUAGGGUUCUACUUGAAGGGUCGAACAGAACAAGCUUGCGGUAACGGUGAUUUACUGGACCUGGCUGCGGAAUGUGCUGAUAAAAGCGCACAAAGUCUGGAAGCUGCACGUCUGGAACAAAGCAGAGAAAACAUGUUGUGGCUCCAAUCUUGGGAUGCUUUCGUUGUAAAUUGGGUAGGACGACCUUUAGUGGAAAGUCAAGAACUUAAGAAUUUGAUUCGAACAGGGAUCCCCGAAGCCUAUCGAGCUCGAGUUUGGAAGGGGUUAAUACAGAUGACGUUGAAGGAGAAACUGUCAGAGUUUGGCAAUGGGUAUUAUAGCAGUAUGCUUCGAAAGGCGUUGUUUCAACAAGAGAGUGGAGUGUACGACACAUCAAUUAAACAGAUUGAUCUUGAUCUUGUAAGAACACUUCCUGCAAAUCGCAUGUUUGCUGACCCAGACUCAGAGAAGGUCAAACAAUUAAGAAGAGUGUUGUAUGCAUACAGAAAUCAUGACACACUCAUUGGAUACUGUCAGGGUUUGAAUAGAAUUGCGGCAGUGGCGUUGUUAUAUCUGGAUGAGGAGGAUGCAUUCUGGUUUCUAAUUGCAUUUACAGAACUGCAACCACCUGGUUAUUAUGCCAGUAAUCUUAUAGGGGCUGUCGCAGAUCAAAAGGUACUACGCGACUUGGUCACCGAGAAGUUGCCUCGACUUGCGGCCCACUUGCGACAAUUCGAGGUGGAUCUGUCGCUAUUCGCACUUAGCUGGUUCCUCACGUGCUGUGUGGAUGUGUUGCCUCAUCAGAUCUAUCUUCCAAUAUUUGAUGUUUUCCUUUAUGAAGGAAAUAAGUCGUUAUUCCGCUUUGCAUUGGCAAUCUUGAAGAUGUGUGAACCCGCGGUUUUGCAAAGCAAAACUGUGAGUACUGUGCACGCAUGCUUAAGUAAACCUCGACAGUAUGUAACCGAUUACAAAUCCUUAGCACAGGUCGCUUUCAACGACAUGAACCCUUUAUCGCAGAGGCAGAUAGAGACGAAAAGAGCAUUGUAUUUGACUCAACUCCAGGGGAGUCAAUGCUUCAGAAUGUCACCCUAA